AUAUACAGAUGGGAUCUAAAUUAGCUGAAUCAGGAAGGAGAUCUUGAGGACUGCAGAAAGCUCAUUGGAAACAUCACCAGAACAUACGUUACAUUCUUUGAAAACAUUCAUGUCUAAGGAAGGGUUGGAACAAAGCAGAGCUGCUCCAACCGGUCAGACAGGAGAGAUAAAGUGUGUGCUCCUGAAUUAUCGUAGUGAAGACAGCUGCAGCUUGGAGAGCAGUAGCAGCAGCAAUAGGGACACAGAGACUACCAACACCUCAGCUCCUGAGUCUACAACAGAGGAGACACUUCUGAAUUUGACAGUGAGCCGUCCCACAGUCAGAUCCAAAAUCAAGUUCACCACUGGCACCUGCAGUGAUGCUUUGAUACACAAUUGUAAGUUAUGUGGCAAAGGAUUUCGUUUGCAGCGUAUGCUCAAUCGCCACAUAAAGUGUCACAGCCAAGUGAAGAGACACUUGUGCACCUUCUGUGGGAAAGGAUUCAAUGACACCUUUGAUCUGAAAAGACACGUAAGGACACAUACAGGAAUUCGUCCAUAUAAAUGCGAGAUCUGCAACAAAGCCUUUACCCAGCGUUGUUCCCUGGAAUCCCACCUUAAGAAGAUCCAUGGAAUACAGCAACAAUACGCCUACAAGCAACGGAGAGAUAAACUGUAUGUUUGUGAAGACUGUGGCUACACAGGCCCAACCCAAGAGGACUUGUAUGUGCACAUCAGGAGCAUUCAUCCUGGAAGUGCUUUUUUGAAGAAAACAUCAAAAAAACUUGCAGCUGUUUUGAAAAACAAACAGACCUCUCCAGCAGAUAUGAAUCUCAAAGAGAACCAAGUUGAUCAAUAAUGCUUUAGUGCAGGGACAGGCAACCUUGGCUCUCCAGCUGUUGAACUACAACUUCCAUUACCCUCAGCCACAAUUUAUGAGAGUUUUAGUUCAACAACAGCUGGAGAGCCAAAGUUGCCAACCCCUGCUUUAGUGGAUUGUGGAAGCCAAAUACAUUGAAGUUUACAUGCAUUAGAUCUAGGGUUGCCAAGUCUCAGCAUCUGACCAGUAUGUUAGGUUUUCAGCUUAAGUCAAUGGGCAUAGGGUCUCCAGGGGAAGGGAAGGAGCAACAUCUCAGGAUAAAGAAGACUGGUUAUUAUCUGCUUGGCUCUCAAGUUUUUACUAUUUGCCCUUGUUAAUCAGGCACCAGGCUCCUUCCCUAAUUUGUCAGAUGCUAUCCUCCUGCCUAUCCAACUCUACCUCCUGAUUUGCCAGGUACCAUCCUUUAGCUCAGGGCUGCUCAACUUCGGACCUCCUGAAGAUGUUGGCCUACAACUCCCAUAAUUCCUGGCUAUUGGCCACUGUGGCUGAGGAUUAUGGGAGGCCUAAAUUGAGCAGGCCUGCUUUAGCUCCUUAACUUUUCCUCCUGAGUCAAAGGGUCUGAGUUUCUCAGGAGAGUUGGAAAUCUUAGUGCUUAAACUACAGUUAUCUGGACUCAUAAGUCUUCUGAAUUUUUGAACAUGAGUGAAAUCUUUCUAAGGAAAUUAGUAGUACAGAACACAAUGUAAUAUUUCUAUCUGUAAAAUUUUGUGUUCAGUUUCCUCAAUCCUUGUGUUUGUAUACUGACAUCCCACAAGUGUCUUUGAAAAAUAAAAAUGUA